CUAUUCACUGCGCGUCUCAACUCUCAACUCAGUCUCUCUUCAUUGUGUGUCUGUCGUGUGCCGUCGUUGCUGCUCCGCUCCUCCCCGUGGGUCGUCGCUGCUUCUCGGCUCCUCGCGGUGGGUCGUUUCUGCUUCUCUGCCUCCUCGCCAGUCUUGCUGUUUCUUCUCUGCUUCGCGUCGUGCCUCGCCGUUACUGCUGGGUGGUCUCUGCUCCUCUGAUUUUAGGUAACUCUGUCUCACACUCUCACUGCGAGCUCACUGUCACCGCGAGCACUCUGUCAUAGCCGUUCAUCUCUCGCCAUCUCUCCGAUUCGAUGGUACUUGAUCCUUUUAGAAUAUGAGAGUAAUGAGCUUUUCUGGAGGCACAACAGUACCGGCUUCUUUGUUUGCUCCUACAGAAAUGCCUAUUCUAGCUUUAGGUUAUUCUAAGUUGAGUGCUACUGCAUUGGCACUUCGGUUGCCAUGUAACUGCAUGAGAAGGAUGCGUUUGGCUACAAAGCUUAAGUAUUCUGUUGCUGAUAGGACAUCAUCGGCCUCCAGUCAUGUGGAUUCACCAGCAGAGUCGCGUCCGGUGAGUAGGAGGCGGGGAGGUGGCUCGUCGUUAUAUAUUCGUCCUAGUUUGUCAGUAAUGAAGAAGGAUAGGGAGGAGAUGCGUGAAAAGGUUUAUGAGUUUUUGCGGGGAAUUGGCAUUGUUCCUGAUGAGCUAGAUGGUCUUGAACUUCCUGUGACAGUUGAUGUUAUGAGGGAACGCAUAGAUUUUCUUCACAGUUUAGGACUUACAAUUGAAGAUAUUAACAAUUAUCCACUUGUUCUUGGCUGCAGCGUCAAGAAGAAUAUGAUUCCGGUGCUAGAUUACCUUGGUAAAUUGGGAGUCAGGAAAUCCACAUUCACUCAGUUUUUGAGGAGAUACCCACAAGUGCUUCAUGCGAGUGUGGUUGUGGAUCUUGUGCCGGUGAUCAAGUAUCUUGAGGGGAUGGAUAUAAAGCCAAAUGAUAUUCCUCGGGUUCUUGAGAGGUACCCUGAAGUGCUAGGAUUCAAACUUGAGGGAACCAUGAGUACAUCAGUUGCUUAUUUGGUUGGGAUUGGUGUAUCCAGAAGAGAAGUUGGAGGGGUCUUAACUAGAUAUCCAGAGAUUUUGGGGAUGCGAGUUGGUAGAAUCAUCAAACCUUUUGUGGAAUUUCUGGAAAGCUUGGGGAUUCCAAGGUUAGCUGUUGCUAGGUUGAUAGAGAAAAAGCCUUAUAUUCUUGGAUUUGGGUUAGACGAGAAGGUGAAGCCCAAUGUGAAGUCCCUUGAAGAGUUUAAUGUCAGGCGAACAUUACUUCCCUCUAUAAUUGCUCAAUAUCCUGACAUAAUUGGGAUCGACCUAGAGCCAAAGCUUGUGAAUCAGAGGAGUUUACUCAACACUGUACUUGACGUGGAUCCUAAUGAUUUCGGAAGAAUUGUUGAGAAGAUGCCGCAGGUAGUUAGCCUUACCAAAGGACCUAUGCUGAAACAUGUUGAUUUUCUUAAGGAUUGUGGAUUUUCUUUAGAGCAAAUGAGGAAGAUGAUUGUUGGAUGCCCUCAACUGCUUGCUUUAAACAUCGACAUUAUGAAACUUAGCUUUGAUUACUUCCAAAUAGAUAUGAAAAGGCCUUUGGAAGACUUGGUUAUUUUCCCAGCAUUCUUCACGUAUGGUCUGGAGUCAACUGUAAAACCAAGGCAUAAGGUGAUUGCUAAGAAAGGAUUAAAGUGUUCUCUUUCAUGGAUGCUUAAUUGUUCUGAUGAGAAGUUUGAGCAACGAAUGGAAUAUGACACUAUUGAUAUGGAGGAGAUGGAAACUGAACCAUCAUUUGAUAUGAAUUCACUGAUGCAACCAAGGAAUGAUGAAUCGGGUUCUGACUAUGAAGAUUAUGAUGAUAGUGAUGAUGAUUAAAUGAUGGCGCGACUUCAACAGCUAGUCUACCUGGGCAAUAAUAAUUGCUCAACUAUCGUUUUUGUAUCAUUGAAAAGCUAUUCUCAUAUAACAAGGACAAAAGUGACAUGUUUGGCACCCGGCAACCAACUUAGGUAUGUGUUAAAAUUGUGAAGGGUACCUAUGAUUUAAGAAUAGGAAAAAUACAGAGUUUUCUCUCCAUGAGUUUCUGGCUUGUUCAUGGUGUUAUUUUAAUGAGUAAACACCCAAAUUAGUCCCCAACCAAUUUCAGAUUGGACAUUUUUGGUUCUCAACAAAUUUUUAUUCUCUAGAAGUCCUCGAGCAUUAUUCCGUCAAACAGAUUGGUCCCUCCGUUGUUUUCAAUUAAAUUUUUAAUAUGCAUGUUGGGCAAAUAAAUGCCUAACAGAUUUAUUAUAAACAAUUAAGUCUCAAAAAAUAUUAUUAUAAGACAAAUUAGUUUCCUUCAAAACAACAGAAGGACCAAUCUAUCUUGGGGUCAUUCUUAAAGAUUUCUAGAGAAUAAAAUUUGUUAAGAGCAAAGUAUUCAAUCUAGAUCUCUGAGGAUUAAUCCGUGUAUUUAGUCUGUUUUAAUUUGAUAGGAAAAGACCCUUGUUAGAGGUUAGUGACCAUCUUAGUUCUCCGUAUUAUCAUUUUUCUUUUGUUAUAUGUGUGAAGAAGUAUAUCUUGUAUCUCUUUCUUCCUUGCUAUUAUUAAGUGAUCCUUGAAACGCUCUCUUGAUGUGGUUGAAGAAAAGCAAUGCCGAUGCAAAUUCAGUUGUUUUUAUUUUUUUAA